UUUGCAAAAUCAUACGAUCUCUGCCAAAGUUUUGUUUUCUGAACAAUUAUACGAGGAUUAUAGUCUCCCAUUUCAAAAUCAUGUCGUCUUUUGCACCACCGAGUAAGAAAGCCAGACGAUCGCGCAGCAACGGCACGCCAGUUGACAGCGAUGGAGAAUUUUUUCCAGGAAUAAGCAAGAUUGAAUACAAGCCUGAUGCAGGGCCCGGAGAUAAUCUCUGCUUCAAACACUACAAUCCUCAAGAGGUGGUUAUGGGAAAAACAAUGGAAGACUGGUGUCGAUUCUCAGUCUGUUUCUGGCACACAUUCAGGGGCACAGGUGCUGACCCAUUUGGUUUUCCUACAAUUUCAAGACACUGGGAUGAUGGAAGCAACAGCUUAGAAAAUGCAAAACGAAGACUUCAAGCAGCAUUUGAAUUUUUUGAGAAACUUGGUGUGAAAUAUUAUACAUUCCAUGACAGGGACAUCGCCCCUGAAGGAGAAAACUUGGAAGAGACAAAUGCUAAUCUAGAUCAGCUCACUGAUCUUGCUCUUGAGCUGCAAGAGAAGACUGGCGUCAAGUUACUUUGGGCAACAUGCAACCUUUUUGCCAAUCCAAGGUACAUGAAUGGAGCAGCUUCUAACCCUGAUGCCCAUGCAUUUGCUCAUGCCGCUGCUCAAGUCAAGAAAGGGUUGGAGAUUGCCAAAAAACUAGGAGCAGAAAAUUUUGUUUUCUGGGGUGGACGUGAGGGUUACCAUACCUUACUUAACACUGAUGUCCGGAGAGAGCUUGACCACAUGGGCAGGUUUUUCCAGAUGGUUGUAGACUAUAAAGGGAAGAUAGGAUUUACUGGCCAGUUGCUCAUUGAGCCCAAACCAAAAGAGCCAACCAAACACCAAUAUGACUAUGAUGCCCAGACGGUGAUCGCUUUUUUGAAGACGUAUGGAUUGGAGGAUGAUUUUAAGCUGAACAUCGAACCCAAUCACACCACUCUGGCUGGGCACUGCUAUGAACACGAUGUUGUGGUAGCGUCCAAAUUUGGUUUUUUAGGUUCAAUUGAUUCCAACACAGGAUCACCGGAUCUGGGCUGGGACACGGAUCAGUUUCCCAUGGACAUUAAAAACUGCACGUUUGUUAUGAAGACGAUCAUUGAACAAGGAGGUCUUGCGCCAGGUGGACUCAACUUUGAUUGUAAAAUCCGCCGUGAAUCCACUGACCUGGAAGACAUGUUUAUCGCUCAUAUCGGUGCUAUGGAUUCAUUCGCUCGUGGACUUAAAAAUGCUGCCAAGCUCAUAGAAGACGGGACCUUGGACUCCUUAGUCAAGGAGCGUUACAGUAGUUUUGAUGAAGGAAUUGGAGCCAAGAUCGAGAAAGGAACAACUUCUUUAGAAGAACUUGAGGCUUUCAUUGUGGAACAUGGAGAACCAAAGCUGAUAUCAGGAAAACAGGAGAAAUGCGAAGCAAUUGUCAAUUAUUUUGUGUAGAUGAAGAAACGCUUUUCCGGCAACGAAAGAUAUGCUGGAGAAGAUCAAGAUCAUCGCGACUGGAAUACCAACUGUUUCAGAUAAAUUAUUGUUUUGGCAUACGCACCAAAAUAGGCAGAAAUUUACUCGGAUUUUGGGGAUAAUAACGGAGGGGACAAAAAUACUGUGUUUUAGACUAAUAUGUCAUAUUUUCCGGAAAUAAAGUGGGCAAGAAUUUUAACUCGGCUUGUGAUUUUCAAGAGUUCUUCCCCAUUGUUACACCGGAGGAAUUUGAAAUGCAGCUGUAUUUCUACGGUUAGGCCUACCGUCCGCAUUAAUCCGUCAUGA